CAUGAAAAUCUCACUUUUUUUAUAAUAUAGGACCUUUAAUGGCUAUAUAUAAGAAAAUCAGUCUUACCUGCAUUGUUGUUCUUGUGAAUGGACUCACGUCUAUCCUGCACCAAAAGCAAGAUGUCGCCAAAAGUGUGUGUUUGCCAAAAAUAUUUGGAGAGCAUCACUCAUGAGGAGCAGAGAGAGGAUAGCCUAAACACCCUUAACCACCUUUAUGUGUCUCUCUCUCUCUCUCUCCAUCCCUCCCUCCCUCCCUGCGUGUAUGAGUCUCUCUCUCAGUGAGUGUGUGUUUGUGUGCAUCUAGGUAAUAAGCUGCUCCGCCACUGCGCAACGAUGGAGCUAUCGCAACGAUGGAGAUGACGCAAACCGACCCAGCUCUCCUCCGAAAAAGUGUUCCUCCAAGACGAACAUGGCGGCAACUUAACCACCAUCCAAGAUGACAAUAAUGGACCAACGGGAUGGAGAAAAAAGGAUUCUAUAGGCUUUCCGGUUUUCCCAGGUAUACCGGACGGUUGUGCGUGCAUCAGAAGCUGCUCUCCUCCUUUUAAAGUGAAUCUUGCACAACGCAGAAGAGGCAGUACACAACGCAGCAUCAGCACCACCACCACCGAGAGAGAGGCUCGCAACAGCUGGUCGGAGAGAGGAGAGAAGAGAGAGGGGCAUGCGGUCAAAGAGGACGCCGUUUCCCCUCCGGUGAGCCGUCAUCAUGGAGAACCGGGAUGCGGCAGCGCGGAGCUUAAUUGGAUCGGAAUAGCACCGAUAAGAGGAGCGCCCUGGACCGGCCAACCCAUCACCGUUACCGAGGAAACCAACCUGGAGUCCGUCUCCUCCACCUCCACCCCCAAGUCAAUGAGUAUUGUUGUGGCAGAGCAGCCCCCGCGGUGCAGGAGUCGGCCAGGGCAGCAGCACUUUCUCUAAAAUAUGAGCAGGGGUGCCUGGAUGCGUCGGCAGCAUGACGAGGGCUUGAAAUACUGGAUCGCACCCCGAGAGAACGAGAAGCCGUUCACCGAGUCGGAGCGGGCCCAGAGAUGGCGCCUGUCGCUGGCCUCGCUGCUCUUCAUCACCGUCCUGCUCUCUGAUCACUUGUGGUUCUGCGCCGAGGCCAAGCUGACCAGAACCCGAGACAAGCGCUCGGACGAGGGGCUCACAAACUCCCUCCACCUCCAUCACCUCCACCUCCCUACAUCUCCAUCACCACCAUCAGACCUAGACCGUCUCGCCAGGAAGCAAGAUGUUAUUUUUAUAGGGAAUUCUACCAAACCUCUGUGGCGAAUGGACAGCUGCCAUCCAGACAGCCUGUCCAAAGACUGCUUCACUUUCACGGACGCGGAGACCGUGUGCCUGGGCCUCUCCGGUGGAGGUGGAGGAGGAGGAGGAGGAGGAGGAAGAGGGGAUAAAGGGACACAGUUGGUUAGUUACGUGAAUCUGAGCGAUUUGUACCUUUCUUUUUGUAAUUCCUACUCACUUUUGGAUUUGUUUUACGGGUUUACGAGUCCGAACAUUUCCAAUUGCACCCUGGAUAUGGCCAUGGGGGUGGACCUGCUGGGAUGCAGCGAGUGUGUGCGCGCUUAUCAGCUCCUGGACCAGCGGGCGGAGGACAACUACCGGGAGUUUGAGCUGCUGGUUCACAAAUACGAGACGGAUGCGUACUCUGUCAGGACGUGCAUGGAGGAAUGCAAGAUGGUUUAUAAGCCCUGGCUGUGUUCUCAGUACUUCCAGACCACCCAGAUGCACUGCAGUAAGCGAAUCCCCUGUGGUCAGUACUGCCUGGAGGUGCAGCAGCGGUGCCCCUUCGUCCUGCCCGACAAUGAUGAUCUCAUUCAUGGAGGCAGCCCCAGUUUUAUAUGCACAGGGCUGCUGGAGGACUAUCCAUCAGGUGUUGACCCGAAUGCAGAGUGCUGCGACGUGCGGUGGGACUUGAAAGUGGACAACCGUUCCCGGGGGACCCUGAAAAGAACUCACCCGCCAUGCCAGCACCGUACCUCCCUCAGCUCCUCGGCAGCCUGCAGACUGUGUAACAGCCGGCUCAAACUCUGCCUGCUGGUCCUCGUCCUCCUACACACUGUUGCCAGCCUCACUGCAUCCCACAAUGCAACAGGACUGGGCCUCCCCGCCAUCACGCCUCUGGAGGAGAGCCCUGCCAACGAGGAGUGAUAGAGCUGCCAGGAGGAGGUGAGGUUGUCGGGGUGGGGGAUUCCCUCACCAUGGCAACCGGUGUGGAAAAAUACAGCCACAGUUGUGCGAGCGGCUGGAGCUGUGUGCCUGUGGACAUUCUGCAACGCUUUCUGGCAAAUGGAAAACGUGGGACGCUUUGAGACGAAAGACACACAAAUCAAUCAAAACAAAUAAAUAAGUAAACAAACAGACAUACUAAGGGACUCGACCGGUCCCUUAGAUAGAAAGGGGACAAUGCCACAGCCUUUGUUGAGUGGGAAGGUCGGCUUCCCCACGGCUGAGUUUCUCUCACUACGCUUUUUUACACUGUGUUCCAAUUAUUGGUUUCUGUUGCACUGGCUGACUAUGGAAUAACACAAUCAUAUUCUCUUUCUAAUGUUCAUUCUUUGUGUUCGUUUCUGGUUCUCUCAUACAGGAAGAAAAUGUGUUCUCUAAAUAAGACAGAUAAUGUGUAAAAAAAAUAAUUAGCUGCAAGUGUGUGUGCGAUGGUUUGUGUUUCUAGAUUUGUGUGCGAGUAUGCGUGGGCGUGGGCGUGCAUGUCUUUAUACGUGUGUGUGUGUGUGUGUGAGAGAGAGAUGAUGAGUGUGUGUUGCUGACACGUACCCUAAAAGUCUAGCUACCAGGCUGGUGCAGCGAUGAUGUCCCCCCCCUCCCCAACCUCCCUGGUGUCACUUAGCUCUGCUGUGCUCGUUUGUUGGCCACAGUCCCAUUAAAACUUCACUGAAUGUGGUUCUGAUGUCCGUCAUAAAACACUGUGUUUAACACAGCUUCAUGGUUUUCCUACACUUUGUUUUGUGAGAUAAUAUUCACAUAUUAACACUGUUUUAAAGGAUCAAAAACAUUUCUGUAAUUAGAUUCAGUAAAAAAACUAACACCUGGCUAAACUGUGAAACACAGCAGGAACAAACAGGAUGCAUUUAUUCCUCUAAAUGUCACCAACAUUGAUAUCUCAAUUUUAGUACAACUUUGGGAUCUAUUUUUAUAGUUUUGACAGACAGAAAGUCCUUCAUUUUUUGGAGGAUAAAGGAUAAGAGUGUCAUCCGCUGGCUGUUUACUGCAAGUGUCAAAAGAUAACACAAAAUACUGCACAGUGAAUAAGAUAAGGCGAAUUGUAGUAUAUAUAACAUCCAGUCAUGUACAUGUCAUCAUGCAGUAUUAGCCAACGUUUUAUUAGUAAUCAGUUAACAUUAUUACAUUGUCCGGAUGAUUGUGUUGUUGGCAUUUGGCUUGUAGAUCUUAAUGUCCGUUUGUAAAUCGGACAUCGGCCUCCAAAGAUUAACACAUUUUGAACUGCUGACAGGUGUUCACUAACGCUAAAACACAUCAGUGACCGUAAUGGGUUGCAAGCUGUCAAGGUACUCCUAAUUCGUAAGGAUCAAUAUCAUAAACUAACUUCAAUGUGUAAGUGUAAUAUAUGGCCACUUUCUCUCUGUCAGCUUCUCUUUAUAUGGAUAUUAAUCUUUCGCACAUACUCUAUACAUUUCUGGUGAUGAACAAUUGACAGAUGACAGAUGAAUAGACCGGUGAUAUAUAAUGAUAGUCAGGAUGCUCCGCUUCGAUUCCUAUUCCCUAUAUCACGGCACCUUGCUUUCUUAUAUGGCAGGUAAAUGAAAUGAAGGCUGAGUUUGCACAAAAGGUUUUCCUGUGCAAUGAAGGAUUGUUAUAAACAUUUUGGGUGAACUCACUCUCAGUUUUGACACGUAAUACAAUGAUUCAGAUAGUCUGGCUAAACUUAAUUUACUUUUUUAUAAUCUAUAUUUAAUACAUGUCAUCUGACAGCUUGAUUUUAUUGCCAUUGGACUUCAUUGCAGUGAAGUUGACAGCCAAAACUAUAAAAGUAAGAGCCAAGCUGUAUUAAACCAUUGUUUAAGCUUCAGGUUAUCGCUACGAUACAGCUGAGCCAAAAGAACAAAAUCUGAAUCUGAAUAAUUUGACAUAAACUUAAAAACAAUUCAUUAAAAUAAAAUAAAAUAAAAAAUAUUUUUCACUGCCAUCUGGAUUUUCUGACAAGGCUGCAUAUGGUGUGUUGAACGAUGAUGGUUUAAAGACGCUAAACUGAAGCAUCAGGAUUUGCACUCCUCAGGUGUUUUGAACGGAGAUGAACAAAAGACGAGGCAGAAGCACGUUAGAUGCCAAAGAACCUGUAGAAAGCUUUUAAUUAACAUGCUGACAAAAUUAGGAGGGUCAGGGAAUCUUUAUGUUGGUCAUUUUAGGUUCAUUACCUUUUAAUAAUACUAAAAUAUACCUGGAAUAACUGUCAGCUAUUCAAAGUCGGGUAAUAUAUGACCAUUUUGCAAUAUCUCCUGCUGUUCAGUUUUUAAAGAUAGGAUAAUUUUAUCUCAUAGAACAAACAUGAAACUGUGUUAAGCUUGUCUUAACCAAAGAUAUUAUUUCAGGCGUUUUACCAAAACCCCAUUCAGACUGUGGUCACUUUCUUUUAGCAACACUGCUCAGCAAAGGUAACUGACAUCAGGAUUACAGCACUGGAUCAAUACAUGUUAUUCCCUUGUUGCUCCAGACAAAGAAGCUUUUGUUAUUUUAGAUUUUAAAGGUACUAUCCAGUCAAAAUAAAUGUCGGCAACAUAAACUACUGAAGGUUCCUUUGUCUCCUCUGCCUUAAGAGCAUUGGUUCUUCUCUCUCUCCCUGCUGUUCAAGUAUAAAUAGUUUUAUUCUAUCGUCAAUUCUUGAACUCAAUUUACCGUUUGCCCUCAAACCAAUACUCACGUCGACAUCAGUGGUGUCAUUUUAACCUCAGGCCUUUUUAUUCACAGGAAACAUGAUGACUGGAUGUUACCUUUAAAGACUUUUUAUAAUUGGUAAACUCCCAUGCAGCUGUUAUGAAGAUAAAAUGUCACCGUCUCACUAGGAAAGGUAGCACGCUACUUGCGGUAGCGUGAAGGAAAAUCCUCUGUCCACUAAUAGGUAUAUUAGACUAUAACCCUGCUCCCUGGCCAUAGAGUACGUAUAGGAUGACGCUACAUAUCAGAGACAAUUUGUUCAAAAUGGUCAGUUUGUUUCUGUUGAAUCAGAAUGUGUACUCGAUUGUCAUGAACUGCAUGUCGAGGAUCUCUGCAAGGUUACGACGGCCUCGUUUGUUGAUUGUCCUCAGCCCCACUCCGCACUCCACAUCUGAUCCCAAAUCAGCUCCUGUAGCAUGCCCACUGUCUUGUACUUUCCUCCUCAGAACAUCAAACUAAUGUCUCAUUAAGUAAAGGGCUUAUUAAGAUAUACAGUACAAACAUGAUCAUCCACACAGUCAGACACACUUAACAAUCCAAUUUGUUCGCAGGCAAAGGGUAAAAACAUGGCUCAUUUCCUGUUUCUUUUUAAACUGGUGUACUGGUGCAGUACAGAGACGUCCCACCGGCUGCUGCUGGAGAGCACGAACAGAAACAAAUCCAGAGAGAGGAGCAUGUCACUGUUUGCGUAAUGGCAUAACCUGAUAAGUCAGCUGACACUUAUGUUUAUUUUAUAAAUGUUGACCAGCGUGUGAACAGAAAGGAAUGGUUGUGACCUUAAGGGCUGACUUCUUCUUCUUUAGUUUCUAGAUUUUCUUUUGUCUCUUCGAUGAACAAGGCUGCGUGAUCAGGUAUUCGAAGAUGAACAGAUGUUGUUGAAUGCGUUUUUUUGUUUUUUUUUCCACUCUCAAUGUUGAUUACUUAAACGAGAUGUCCAAUGCGGUAUCUGAUGUCAAGACUUUUAUUAUACAGCUUAUAUGAGGAUUUAAAAUUCAUCAUUAUUCACAUCAUGAUGUCUAUAUAACCAGUAUAUUGGCUUAUUUUGACACAUAUUCUGUUUAGACCCUGCCCCACUCUAGACAUUACCAUCCCUGCUUGCAUGAAAUACAUCAUUGUCAUUCAGCACAGCGCACCCAUGCCCAUCUCGGAUGACCGCAGUCAGUGAUAGAAAAAUGCUGCUAUUCUAUUGGUCACCAGUAGAUGGAGAUAUUUUUAUUCUUUUAUAUUGCUACUGCUGCUGAAGACCUAUCACACAAGGACUGGCAUAUACACGGGAGUCAGGAAGGCUGAGCUCUGGAGGGUAAAAGUGUGCUGUUGGUGUGUGUGUGUGUGUGUGUGUGUGUGUGUGUGUGUGUGUGUGUGUGUGCAGAAACGUGUGUUUGUGUCUUUCGCUAAUUGCUGUGUGUUCUCUGGAGAGCUCAUUAGCGUCGCUACGACCUCGGGGCCUGCAGGACAGGUGUGGCAAACCACCACUGUCUUUAUAGACCCACAGGGACAUGCUACAUUAGUUGUCUCAUUAUUCACCGCAGCCCUAAAGCUGCAUGGACUGUAGUAUGAAACCAUUGUACUGUACAAUGUGGAAUGACUGUGCCAGUGCCCCAAGACCCCAAACAGACUAGGGUAGGGCUAUUUCUUUCCUGCACUUGCCUAAUAGAAUAUCCCCCUAACCCAUGUCUGAAAUGAGACGGUGCACAGAAGGUCAGGGAGAACGACGUGGACAAUGACCUGAAACUGGUGCCAAAGCAUACCUUGUAUUGAGUCAAAUAAACCCAAUUCAAAUCUGAUAUGACACGCUGCUUUUCACGAUCAAAUAUAAUGGGCAACAGGAGGAAAAACAGGGUCUGUCAGUGUCGGAGAAAAUGUGCCAUGUUAGCAAUAUAUACGGAUUGCAUCUCAUAAGCCUCACUCACCAUAAAACACAUGUAAUGUAGGCCUAAAGGGAUCUCUUCAAGACAUACAUGUGAUUUCAUUCUGCCUGCCAUGUCAGCAACUCAUGCCGUGAUGCAGCAACAGCCAUCACAAAACCAACUGUUGGACAUGUCUGCUUGACAAUGCAGAAAUGCAUCCUCGCUGUGGCUGCAUGGGUGCGAAUGCUGCGCAUAUAUUGUGUUGUCCUUCAUGCCGCUUCAGACAUUAGCACCAAGGAUGGACCUUGUGUGUGAGGUUUCUUCCAGACAAUAAUAGAAUUAGACUGAUGUAAAUCUCUGAUUUGACUUUUGUUGGUAAUGCAGGCAUGCACACAACAGUUACUCUGCUGUGAUAAUUUUUUAUUUUUGGUGUGUUUUAGUUUGUCACUUUUUACUGCAUUAUACUGAUAAGAAAUUGUGUAGGGUCCUAUAGAUUCAGUCUAGAUCCCCCUACAAUGGUCUGUAGCAGUCGUAGGGUAUGGUCUGUCACAUUCCACAACACACCAACCUACAAAAACUAAUUUAGUGUUUUUCCCCCUGCACAUAUAGACUAUGUAUGCCUCUUGCCCCUAACCCCCUGUGAACCCACCACCAAAUGGUAUGUACACAAAUAUUGCCCUCUUUCACUCCCUGUCAGCCUCUCUCUGUUUUCACAAUAGUUCCGUUCUCUAUCCUGUGGAUCUAUGCAGAAGCCCAUUUCCUUUUUUUGGUUGUAAAUACGUUCCCUAGUAUGCUGAACAAUGUAUGUCUUUGCGUCCAGGUUUCCUUGUGUAUUUUUAAGUUGAUGUCAUGCUGUUACUUUCUUCUUCUUCCUCUUCUUCUUCUAAUUCUUUUUCUAUUAUUUUGAGCGUCUGAAAUCAUUGAUGUUAAAAGAGAAUGUGGUGAGGUUUAACCAAUAGACUCGUCCUCAGCUUCGCAACCUUAUUGUGAAAGGUUGCGGUUCUGUGUGUGUGAAAGCGAAAGAUUUACGAUUAUAGACAUGAAAAAGGUUCAAAGUCAUAUAGAAGUAUCAUUGCGAUUAUGAUUAUUAUGAUUACUAUUAUACUACCAGUAUAUUGUAAUAUUAUAGAUGCUUUAGUUCAAGUAACUUCUUUAAUUUUUUUACAAACAACUUUGAUGAAAUGAUUUAUAAAACAGUCUCACGAGUCAUGAUCUUUUCGAAAAGUAUGAAAACUACUGCUACAAUGAUUAAAAUUGUGUUCUGAUGAAAAUAAAUACAGACAUAUAAUCUGUU